CUGAGUUGAGAAGAGCCUCGCGUGUGCGACAGAAGCAGCGUUUACAUGAAUGCGACAGGAGGUUUACCAGCUCCGGUGGCGCAGCGGUAACGCGUGCGCUUGGAGACUGGGAGGUCCGCGGUUCGAAUCCGCGGGCCGGCUGUGCCGUCUGGGGUUUUUCCUGGGUUUCCCUCAGAUGUGUAAUAGGCGUAUGCCGGCACAGUUCCCCUGAAGUCGGCCCAUGGACGCAGCUAUCCUCCCCCCGAGCGAAUUCCGCUCGGUCUUCCACUUCACCCUUUCCUCUCCUCCUCUCCACCACCUUUCCCUUCCCGAGAAACAUGCCGCCUAAUCAGGCAGGCAGACCUCUCGGGUUCCUCCCAACGACACUCCUCCUCCACUCCUCCUCGACAGGAGGUUGUCGUAUCGACUUACCGCAAGAAAUCCGCUCAAACAGGGCCAAGUUAACCAAUCUGCUGAUCAGAUGAGUGCGAGGGGGCUUGAUAGCUCCGUGCGACGCGUUCCUGUCACACUCAUGUAACCGCGGCUCUUGUCCGCGACUAUAGCUUUGCUUCUCCGUACGGAACGACAGAAACGUCGCUUCAGAGGACAAGGCAAAAUACAUCGGCAACAUGGCCGCGACGCUCGACGACCUUCUGGACAAACUCUGCCGAUGGCAUCUUUUCCUCAACCUCAUCGCCUUACUCCGAGGAUUUCCCGCCACAUUCAACAUGAUGAUGCCCGUAUUCGUGGCACCCAGGAACCUGGACUACUCUUGCACCAAUUCCUCGACCAUGUGGUUCAACUAGAGCCUCGCCGUAGGAGACAAGUUGCUCCCGAGCCAGUGCUAUUAUGUGCCCGACUGCAACGGUAGCUACAAAGAUACAAACGAGCUUGAACCCUGCCAGUCCUGGACUUACGACAGAAGUGUUUACGGCCGCACUGUCGCUGAAGAGUGGGACGUCGUGUGUGACCAGUCCCGGAAGCUGUCCCUCAGCCAAAGUCUUUAUCUGGCAGGCCUUAUGUUCGGGACAUUCAUCGCAGGACACUGUUCAGACUGGUUUGGUCGGAGGCGGACGAUACUGGCGGGAAUCCUAGCAACGGCUGCGUCGGGGGCUUGGGCAGCCUUUUCGCCCACUUUUAUCAUCUACACCGUGGCCAGAGUAACCCUUGCAUUCGGAGUUAGUGCCUUUCGAGACGUCACGGAUGCUCUUGUGAUGGAGACGGUAUCGCCCCGGUUCCGAUACCUACCUACAAUUUCCCUGGGUAUAGGAUGGAGCCUGGGCAUGUUGGCUCUGCCCGGAGUGGCCUACAUAGCGAAGGACUGGCAAGCCUUGCAACUCUACGCCUGCGUCCCUCUCGGUGUUAUGUUCCUCGUCUGGAUAUUUCUUCCAGAGUCUCCACGAUGGCAGUUAGCGAAUGGUGAAUACGACGCUGCCCGAAAGAAUCUCAUGAGGUUGGCCAAGUGCAACAACAGCCCAAAGGAAAGCGUUGAGGAGGUCAUUGAAAACGCGCGGGAGAAAGCGGGAAAAGCGCAAGAGACCAGAAAGGGUUUCUUCAUUGACCUUUUCUCAACUAAGCGAAGGGCGCUCACAACGUCGGUGUUCAGCUUUCAACUGGCAGUGUCCUCCAUGGCAUGGUACUACAUGACAGUAUCCACCGCAGCCGUCGGUACCAACCCAUACAUCAGCUUCGCAGUUGCUGCUGCGUCCGAGUUACCUGUCAAGCUCAUCAACGCGCUAUUGAUAAGGUUCUGUCGCAGACGAUUGGCGCUUCUCGGAUCGUUCUUCCUUAUCAUGCUCGUGAUGAUCGCACUGAUUAUAUUGCCUAGAGGUUACCCAUGGGUGAAGCUUGCCUUGCUGAUCGUUGGAAAGAUGUGCACCUCUGCUAACGGCGUCAUCAUCCGCGUUCAUGUCAGCGAGGUUUACCCAACUAUCGUGCGCUCUGUGGCUUUGGGCGUCUGCAUCACAAUUGGAAGAGUGGGCACCGUCGUCUCACCCUUCUUGGACGACUUGGGCCUGAUAACCUUCCCGUGGAUGUCCAAAGCAAUUACGUCCGCCCUGUGCCUGUCGUGUGCUUUGGCGACAAGGUUGACGCGGGAGACCUUCCAGAAAGCUCUUCAAGACAACUUCGACACGAACCAACAAGAAGCGACACAAAGUCUGACAAGUCGCAGUCAAAGUACGGGCUGCACCACAAAGUUAUGAUGCAACGUCAUCUUCUAGAAGGCCAUGUGCGGUGAUGCACGAGCGUUGUAUAUAGCGGAUGCUCUUACCCUUCACGUUCGGUUAAUGUGCAUUCCCGCUUGUAUCGCUGAUUUUUUUAUUGUGCUGUUGUAUUUCACUCGAGUGUCGUACGAUCUUGAGAGAGAACUUCACCACAUCACACGUUGGAGACCAACCCAUGCAAGGAAUAAAAAGCAUAGAAAAAAAAAUCUGUGACGAUUUAGCGGUAAUUACCUGGGGAAUGCUGACGGCAUUAAAAUAUAAUGGUACUCCGUUGCUUUACGUCGCCAGAAAACUGGGAUCAUGAGAGACGCCACUGUAGUCCAUCUGUGGACUAAUUUUGCUGAUGGCCGAGGGCUGAAGGGGCUGUUAUUUCAACACACU